AUGUCAUAUCCAACUGAAGAACAAUAUAUCGACAGUUUGUUUUCGCCAAUGUGUGAUUACCGCGCCCUAUCCCAUGAGGCGAACAUGAUCUCUCAGAAUGUUGUACCGCGUCCGCAGUACAACAUCCUCAAUGAAGGCUUUGGAAAUUCGAAUUUCUUUGGAACUGUAGGUGACCAAUCAAUGAACGAUGUCAGUGGAACGGUACAUGGUCAAGUUGAUGUACCAAUGACCAACGGCACUGAUCGCGAGCCUGUUGUGUUUGAUGACGAAGAUCGAACUUUUCAAAUACAGUUCAACGUGUGGCAGAAGGUUCCCCCUCCUGAGAUUCGAGUCCAAGCAAAGAAAUCGAAGAGCAAGCCCAACAAGCCUGCUGCCCCGUUGAAACCCCACGUUCCUCGAUGGGUGAAUUACCGUCCUCCCCGACCUGCGAAGAAAGAGCUUCGAUUGUCGUUUUAUUCCACUUUCGGUUGGCAUCUGUUCAAACGCAGGCUUUUGGAAGCCUGUAAUCUGGUUAAGCCUGGUAUAUCAAGGCCUCUCAUGGAGGCGGUUGCGGAUGGCGAGGCUUUCUGUGAGGGUUGGAUUCACGGAGCUCCUCGUUUUAAGGUCAAGGAUCACUUUUUAGUGCAUGACAACGCUUCUCUUAUGGAAUUUCUUGAGGCGGCCAACAACCACACUCCAGAAACCAACAUGGGUUUCAAAUUCAUACACGCGAAUCCAAGAACCAAUGCCCAAGCAUCUCAAAUCUUGGAUGGUGGCGAUCGUGAUCCUUCUCCUGAUCCGUCUGAUGACGGUAGUGAGAUGUCAACUGAUUCUGAUGCUCUAGAUCCCACUGAAAGGAAGUACUUAAUCUUAAUGACUCGAUUUGAAGCAAUGUUUGCAUCUGGUGAGAACAUCGCCACUGCAGUCAAUCCUGCAAACUCAGCACAAGUGUUGUUGCUCAACACUUCCAGGAUCCGUACCUGGGCUAAGGAUUGGGCUGACGGUGUUCCAGGGGUGGAUGAGGUCAAUCCGCCAAUGGCUCGCCCCGAAUUCAAGUACAUACGAGUUCUUGACUACGAGCGCGAGAAGGCUAUCCUCCUUGGGUAUGCCAUAAAUCCAGCCCCGUCUGCCGUUGGAAGUACUCCAUCUGUAGUUCAUCAUAACUACUAUGGAAACCCUGACGGUAAUCAUCCCCCAGCUUACACGCCAAAUCCAACCACUCGUGCUUUAUCGCCGCCACCUGGUCCAGUUCCUUUCAACGACUUCCUCACCUUUGCUGGAAUCGGUCCCGACAAGCAAAAAGCUCGUGCUGCUUUAGAAAACGAAGGAAUCGAUGACUUUUUUCGAUUCCUUGACCGCGAGACUUAUUCUAUCGCCAACCUCCGCACUAUGGGUAUCCCAUUUGCUCAAGCCGAGGACAUAUGGAAAGCAGUACCCCGCUUCAUUCAUCAUCUAAAGUCCUUAUGA